AUGAACAUUCAUUAUUUGCCCUUUGAGUUAUUACAGAGAAUAGGCGACUACUUGGGUUUCUCAGAUAUUUGGUACUUGGGUACCUGCUCUCAUAAAAGUAGGCAGAUUGCUCAUCAGAUCAUUCGAUCUAAAUACCACAUUGACUUGCAUUCCAGUCUCAUCCAUCCCUUUUCUCAUUUUGUCCAUGCAGCCGUUGCUUAUCUGGGUCGAUAUGGACUUGUUCAAAACAGAAUCGAACCUUCUGUCUUACAAUCAGUAGCAAACCAUUUGGCGAUUGCUAUUCAUGACCGUUUACCAACCAGCAGCAACAGAGCAUUCUCAUACGACUUUUUAUUGAAUGAAACACUUGGGAUCUUGUUUGAUCAUGCCUUGUUGGAUCCCACUCUCCAUGCAGCACCUCCGCCUCUCGAACUCAAGCUACGAAAAGAAGAUCUGGGUCAAAAGCUUGAUGAUCUACAAACAGAAGCACUGGACACCACAGAUCCUUAUGCUCUUCAAUCAGCAGGCGUCUUGAUGAUCGAUUUCUUGAUGUUGUUGCAAUCCAUACUGGAGAUUUUGUUUGAUCAAGAAUGCUCAGUUGAUACGUAUCGCCUGUUACUCUUGUUUCAUCUAAAGCGCAUCUUGAACAACGUACGAGAACAAUAUCAUCUUUACCAUACACAUGCUUCUGCUUACCCUGUAUCCGAGCCAUUCCAUAUGGAAAAGGCUACAUACCCAUUUCACCAAUUUCUCAAGUUCUUUUGUUUGAUGGUCCAAACAGAUGUCCUCUCACCCAAGGACGUGGAUGAUUUUGCCUCUGAGCAUUUAGCUCAGUUUUUUGUCACAAAGCCAUUUGAUGUUGGGUUUUCUUUACUGAACGAAUUCAAGAUCUUUGUUCGACACCCGCAUCAAGAUUUAGCGCAAGUCAAUACUGUCACGCAGGAAAAGACGCCUGCAUUAUAUUAUCUUUGGAAACUAUGGCUUCAAGAGAUACAGUUGCGUCAACAUGCGUUGUUAGUGGCAUUAAAGGCCAUGAUCAAGAAAUGCAUGAAUCAAGGUGUACAACCAAGUUGUAGUCAGAUUACAAGUAUGUUGAAAUACACGUCUUUGGCUCUUUCUUGGAUUGAAACGGGGCAAUACAAUGAUGUAGAAAAAGCGUUGAUUGCUCGUCAAACCAUGAUAUAA